AAAAUCGAAUCUUAUCAGAAAACAAUGUAAAAUUAAAAUUUAAUCAUACAAACAAAUAUCUCAAAAAUGAUGAGGAAACGCCCCUUUUUUCAAUCGCAUCCAAUAACUCCACAAGAAUCCUCAGUUUAUCGUAUACUAACAAGAUGAUCAAACAUAAUUAUUUGUUUCUAGUUCUUUUGUGGCUUUCAACUAUUAAAUUAAUAUCCGUAAAUUCAAUAAAAAAGUGGAUCGAAAAUCCAGGAUUUGAAUAUCCUAGCAGUUGGGAAUCUGGUUAUCUUCCAUGUUCACAGGAUGAAAUCGUAUUUCCUGAGUUCUAUUCUUCAGCUAUCCUUUUACCAACAACAAUUGACAUAACAGGAAUUACUCUUCCCAACAAUGGAGCACUACUUUUACAACCAGAUGGUGAAAUUGUUUUCUCAAGUGGUCUUGAUAAUGGUUUUAAAUGUGAAAACUCCAAUCAAAAAGCUGAACUUAAAACUACCCCUACAAGGCACUGGUUCGAUCCACAUAAUUGGAUGAAUUUAAAUAACGGCAGCGGAAAAAUUGAAAAUAACGCCGCGGUGCCACAUAUUGAGCGAAUUCCGUGUAGCAAUGAAUUAGUUCAAAUACCUGCAACGGGAGCUCUUUCAAUCGAUUUAAGUGACGUUAAAACCUUGAGGGUUGGACAGAUUAAUUUGGACGGUUUAGAUGUUUCUAAAGAGUUUAUGGAACAACUUUUUAAAAGCGAACUUGGUGAAGUUAUGUUUAAAUAUGCUUCUCUAACACAAGUUGAAUAUUAUAAGGAUCAACAGUGUGGGUGUCACAAUUCGGAUAUUUUUUGGGACUACGAGUGGAAUGUGUGUAAGCAUGUUCAAGAUAUAUGUGAGCGGCCAAAGUGUCACACGCCAAUUAUACCAUCUGGUCACUGUUGCGCUAUUUGUGGUGUUAUGAUGAAAGUUAUCGUGAAUAAAUGUGAUCCUUCAUAUACUGAAAAGCUAAGCAAGAUGAUUGCACAUUCGCUCAAAGAGCAAGAGAUGGAAGAGCAGCUCAGUUAUCAUGUUAGUUAUGUGGAUGCAGGUGUUAAAACUUAUUUGCAAGUAAUCGUUGUGGAAAAAGAUGACUACGAGGAAAGUAGCGUGAAGUUUAUGCACCACUUUAAUGAAACAGUUUCUUGGGAUGAGUUCAAAAGUAGCACGAAAGAAUUUUUUACAUCUGGUCGUCCAUAUAAUCCCAAUGGAUUGAGAGCAGCACUCCUUCUGAUGAUCGGAACACUUUUUGGAGUCCUAGUGUUUUUCUUUGUUAUUUUUGUUAAUUUUGCUCCAGACAAUGGAAUCGUGCGCCUACCAAGAUGGAUGUACGUUCGUUGGUAUGAGUUCUUUCAAUCACCCUUCGUUUUCGCCCGUUUUGAUAAUACAGCUACAGCAGAGGGUGAUACUGCAGAAAAUGUUGUUAUUGAUGUCCAACAGUAUAAUGUGUCAGCAGAAUAUGAGGAAAAUAUACGAGGAACUAGCACUUCCUUCGAUAACCCGAUGUUUGUAGACAAUCCAACUACCAAGGCUAAUCCACAGAAUGACGAUGAUAGUAUGCCAAUAUGUGAGGAAGAAGAAUUAACUGAAAUCGAUUUGGAUGAACAAGUGGAGGGAAUAUUAUAAUAAUUCAAUAUUAAUGUAUAUCUACCAUAGAUUUGAAACUAUAUAUGUCUAUUAAAUACAUACGUAUUUCAAAAU